UGGAUAAGAUCAUUGUAAUUGAUCAAUCAUCAUUACAAAAAAUUUAUAAUUAUUUGUGGCAAUACUUUACAUAAUCAAAAGUGUGUAAUGUUUUGGCGAUGAUGGUGAAAGUAGGAGAUGUUUUAUUCUGUCAUGGUGUCUUGCUGAUCAUAUUAUUUCUGGCAGUUGCUGCUGACCAAGGAUUAGGAUUAGGAAUAGGAUCAUCAACAAUAAGGUGUUCGGAGAAUGGUCCACCGAUUAGAUUCCCUUUCCAUCUCCAAAGUCCACACAGUAGUAGUGGUAGUGGUUUCACCAUAUACUGCACACAGCCACAGGAACCUUAUUAUGAUAACGAUACCAUACUGAAUAUUACAGAUGUCCUUUUUCGCGUACGAAGCAUAAACUAUGCUUCACAGGAAAUCCAAAUAAACCAUGACCCAAGCAAUUGCCUUGCCUCACUUUUUCUCCUUCCGGAAACCAACACCAAUCGUAGUAAAUUUCCAUUCCAAUUGAGAUAUAAGGAUCACAAGCAUUACACAACCUACGCUGUCUUCAAUUGCUCUUCUUCUUCUUCUAAUAAUUAUUAUUAUUAUAAUGAUGAUUAUUAUUAUUAUUAUUAUAAUGGUAAAAUUUAUUAUUAUAAUAAUGAGUUUUGCGGCAAAUUCAGAUUGGCUCCUUCUGAUGAUGAUAUUGAUGGUCAAAGCUUCCAAAACUGCACCAAGAUGUACGACACUCGAUCGAUUCCAGACAGCCUAUACAAGGUCUCCAGGGGAUCGCGAUUUGAUGAUGAUGAUGAUGAUUUUGUUACAUUGGGAUGGUCCACACCUGAUUGUAGAGAUUGUGAAGCCAAACGCAUGGGAUGUAGAUUCAAAAACAACACUCAACCACAUCAACAUCACAACGUUGAAUGUUUUCAUAUUCCAAUACAUUGGACAAUAUCAGAAAUCGCUUCGCGUGUGAUCAGAAGCACUAAAUGUAAGGUCUCAACAUUAUCAGUGUUUUGUUUGAUGGCCGUAGCUGCUUCAUUUUAUGUUUUCACUUUGUACAAAAAAGAUAGAGAGCAAAAGCUAAGAAUUAGAGAGUUUUUGAAAGACUAUUUUGCUCUUAAGCCAUCAAGAUAUACUUAUUCAGACAUUAAGAAGUUUACAAAUAAUUUCAAGGAAAAGUUGGGCGAAGGAGCGUACGGAACAGUGUUCAAAGGAAAACUUUCCAAUAAGGUUAUGGUAGCUGUAAAGAUUCUCAAUGAUACGUCGAAGGGAAACGACGGAGAAGAGUUCUUGAAUGAAGUGGCGACUAUUGGUCAAAUUCACCAUGUCAACGUGGUUCGUUUGGUUGGAUAUUGUGCUGAGGGAUUCAAAAGAGCUCUCGUUUAUGAAUUCUUACCAAAUGGUUCGCUUCAUAACUAUAUCUCAUUAGAAGCCAGCGAAAGUGAACACCAAUAUUCUACACUUAGUUGGGAAACACUGCAAGACGUUGCCAAAGGUGUUGCCAAGGGAAUCGAGUAUCUCCACCAAGGUUGUGAGCAACGAAUCCUUCAUUUUGAUAUCAAACCGCACAAUGUUUUGUUGGACCAUAACUUCAAACCAAAAGUUUCUGAUUUUGGUUUAGCUAAGUUAUGUUCAAGGGAUCAAAGUUUGGUUUCAGUGACUACAGCCAGAGGGACUCUUGGGUACAUGGCGCCAGAAGUGUUUUCUAAGAACUUUGGAAAUGUGUCUUAUAAGUCAGAUGUUUACAGUUUUGGAAUGUUGUUGCUGAAAAUAGUAGGAGGGCAGAACAUUACAAGCAAAACAGAUGAAAUUUAUUAUCCUGAAUGGAUUUAUAAUCUCCUAGAAGAAGGAGAAAGUUUUGAAGCACUAAUAGAGAAUGAGGAAGACAGAAAAAUUGCUAAGAAACUCGCAACUAUAGGAUUUUGGUGCAUCCAGUGGCAUCCGAUAGGGCGUCCAGCCAUGAAAACUGUUGUCCAAAUGUUAGAAACUGAAGAAAUUCUCAACUUGCCGCCAAAUCCUUUUGUGUCAACAACUCAAUCAAAUACACAUUCAAUAACCUCAUCAAUUUUAAAAUUAGAAACCAUUGUUGAAUAAUAAUUAUACUUAUGUAGUUUUUUGUGUACUUUAUAUUUUUCAUUUAGCAUGAUAUUUUGCAUGUAGUAUAUAACUACGGUAAGAAAUGAAAACAAUAAAUAUUUUGCUUCGUAAA